GUCAAAAUUAUGGUACAUAGAAAGCUCAGGGAGUGCGAUGCUAAGCAGCUGGUUGGAAGACAGCUGUCAAAGUACUGUGUAGAUAAUGAUAUAACAGAUGGAAUUAGGGGGUUGUUUACAUUCCCUGUCGAUGACUCUACGAAUUUUCGUCAUUUUCGUCAUACCGGCCUCAAUCUGGAUAAUGAGCGCCUUGUGUUAAAGCCGGAUAUGUGCUUCGGGAAGCGCGGAAAGCACAAUCUAGUUUUGAUCAACGAGACGUUUGAAGCGUGUGAGAAGUGGAUCAACAGUAAUAUAAAUACAGAGGUAGAAAUUUCUGGUUUGAAGGGCAAGUUGACAAAUUUUUUGAUAGAGAGAUUUGUACCACACGAGAAAGAAUACUAUUUGUCAUUAAUGGCAGAUGCAGAUGGCACAGUUAUUCGGUUUAGCACGGCAGGAGGAAUCGAGGUGGAAGAGAAUUGGGAUAAGGUGCAACAGGUCCACGUAAAAUUAGAUGAAGAAAUAGAUAACACACAACUUAAAUUUCUGUUGGAGGGUGUGCCAAAGGUAGAGUACGAUAAGGCGGUAAAAUUUAUAGUGGCGUUGUAUAAGAUGUUUUGUAAUUUGGACUUCGUCUUGUUGGAGAUGAAUCCGUGGUGCUUUGAUAACAAAGGAAACGUGGUGCCGUUGGAUAUGAGAGCCGAACUGGACGAUUGUGCGUACUUCAAGAACCGCAAGGAAUGGGGCGAGGAAUUAAAAUUCCCGCCGUCGUUUGGACGCAUUGAGAUGCCAGAGGAAAAGUACAUAUCCGAAUUGGAUGCGAAGACAGGGGCAUCGUUGAAGUUGACGGUAUUGAAUCCAGACGGAUGCAUGUGGACGAUGAUAGCAGGCGGUGGAGCGUCAGUGGUAUUCGCAGAUGCGAUCGUAGAUGCCGGAUAUGGAAAUGAGCUGUCCAACUACGGUGAGUAUAGUGGUGCGCCCAACGAAGAGGAAAUUUACCAAUAUGCGAAGGUUGUUGUCCGAUUGGCUUCCGCAUCCAGGUCCCCGAGGAAAAGGAAAGCGCUGAUAAUUGGUGGCGGGAUUGCGAAUUUUACAGAUAUUAGAGCCACUUUCAAAGGGAUAGCACAUGCUCUUUUGGAGUAUUCUGAUUGUCUCCAUAGGGCUGGCUUCAAAAUUUGGGUUCGAAGAGGUGGGCCGAACUAUAAAGAAGGGUUGAAAAUGAUGAAGAAGCUGAGCGAAGAAACGGAAUUGGAAAUAGACGUUUACGGGCCUGAGAUCGGCCUAACUGACGUGGUUCCUAUGGCAAUUGCGUAUGUUGAAGGGAAGUAAUGGAUUAAUGGCAUGAAGAGGGGCAAAAAAUAUAGGAAAAUCAAGCCGAUUUACAAUUCAUUAUUUAAAUAAAAACAUGGCUUAUAUAAUGA